AUGGGUUUUGAGGAAGAUGAUGAAGCUGUUGAACAUGAUAGGGAAGAAGAUGAUAAUGAUGAUAUGAUGGUAGCAUUGCAAGAUGCUGCAGGUGACAUGGAUAUUGAUGUAGAUGCAUAUGAAGGUCACAUUGGAGAUCAAGAUCAUAGAAAUAAAGAAUUUUCAGGAUUAUUUGCUGAAGUUGAAAGUGAGUUAUAUCCAGGGUGUACAAAGUUCUCUGCAUUGACUUUUUGGGUCAGAUUAAUGCAUAUAAAAGCUUUAAACCAUUGGAGUAACAAGUCAUUUAGUAUGUUGCUUGAACUUCUCAAGGAAGCACUUCCAGAGGGUACUAAAUUGCCAAAGUCUUACUAUAAGGCAAAAUGUACACUUCAUGCACUUGGAUUAGGAUAUGAAACGAUUCAUGCUUGUAAAUGGGAUUGUGCAUUGUUUUGGAAAGAAUCAACUGAAUUGGAUAAAUGUCCAAUAUGUGCUGAACUGAGAUACAAAUUUCAAGGUACUGAGGGGAAAAGGAUCCCUCAAAAGGUGCUUCGAUAUUUUCCUCUCACUCCAAGAUUGCAAAGAUUAUUUACAUCUCACCAUACUACUAUUGAUAUGAGAUGGCACAAAGAGAAGCGUCCUAACACAAAUGGAGUAUUGAGGCAUCCAACAGAUGGAGAAGCAUGGAAGCACUUUGAUGAACAAUAUCCGAUAUUUGCUAUGGAUCCUCGUAAUGUCCGGCUAGGUGCUGCCACUGAUGGAUUUAAUCUUUUUAGUAACAUGAGUACUUCGUAUAGCAUGUGGCCAGUGAUGUUAGUGUCUUAUAACCUGCCACCUUGGAAGUUCAUGAAAGAGACUUUUUCGAUGAUGUCACUAUUAAUACCAGGCCCAACGGCACCUGGAAAAGACAUUGAUGUGUACUUACGGCCUAUGAUUGAUGAAUUGAAAGAUCUAUGGACAAAUGGUGUCACCACUUAUGACAUCUCUAAAAAGGAGAGGUUUACAAUGCAUGCAGCAGUGUUGUGGACAAUACAUGACUUUCCAGCAUAUGGAACACUUUCUGGAUGGAGUACCAAAGGAUACAAAGCAUGUUCGACUUGUAAUGAAGAUACUUUUUCCCAAGCUUUAAGAAGUAAGAUUUGUUACAUGGGACAUCGUCGAUAUUUAUCCAUAAAUCAUGCAUGGAGAAAUAAUCGACAAUAUGAUGGAAAGCCUGAACGAAGGUUAGCUCCAAGGCAAUUUUCAGGAGCUGAAAUAUUACAACAGUUAGAUAGGACAAUUGAGAGCAGACCGAGGAAACAUCCUAACAAUGUGGAUAAAAAGAGAAAACGUGCUGCCUUUGGAACAAUGUUGGACAUCAAAGGUAAGUCGAAGGAUACUGACAAGGCACGUAUGGAUUUAAAGGAUCUGAAAAUUCGAAAAGAAUUGCAUUUACAAGAAACUGGCGAUAAAGUUUUGAAACUUUUGGCAUGUUUUUCAUUAACAAGGGAUGAAAAACAUGAGUUUUAUAAGUUUUUAAAGUCUGUCAUAUUUCCAGAUGGCUAUGCUGCUAAUAUUUCAAAGAAUGUGAACAUUAAGGAUGGUAAGAUAUCAGGUUUGAAAACUCAUGAUUGUCAUGUUCUUUUGCAACAACUUUUUCCCGUGGGUAUAAGACCUUACAUUAAGAAAGAGGUUUGUGGAACAAUUAUUGAAAUGUGCAUGUUCUUCCAAAAACUUUGUGCACGAACUCUAUCUGUUUCAGACUUGGAUAUGUUACAAGAGGGGAUAAUACUUACAUUGUGUAAAUUGGAAAGAAUAUUCCUUCCAGGCUUUUUUGAUAUCAUGGUUCAUCUAGCAGUUCACUUACCAUAUGAGGCAAAAAUGGCAGGACCAGUACAUACUCGUUGGAUGUAUCCUUUUGAAAGAAAUAAAGCUCAUACAGAAGGUUCAAUAGCAGAGGAUUAUGUUGUUAAUGAGGCAUUAACUUAUUGUUCAAUGUACCUUCAUGGUAUUGAUACUCGAUUCAAUCGGCCAGAACGUAAUAAAGAUGGUGAGAAUCAGAUUGCUUCGACUUUGUCAGUAUUCACUCAACCUGUGAACUUGUUGGAGAAACCUCAAUUUGUUGAACUGAAAGAUGAUGAUUCUAAAAAAGCUCAUUGUGAGCACACCAAACUAUUGCAAAACAAGGGUAUCACGAGUAUUCUGCAGGUACAAGAAAAGGAAUUUGCACAAUGGUUUGAACAAAGGAUAAAAUAUUUCAGUAGAUGUAAAUAUCCAAUGGUAAUUGAUGAGUUGUACUCACUAGCAUGUGGUCCUGAUUAUGGAAUAAGAUCAUAUAGUGGAUGUGUAGUAAAUGGAGUUCGAUAUGGCACAAAAGUUCGUGAUGAUAGGCGUGUCACUCAAAAUUGUGGAAUUUGGGUUGUAGGUGAUCAUGAUGGUGAAUCUUGUGACUUUUAUGGGGUAAUAGAAGACAUUCUUGUGUUAGACUAUAGGUCCAAACACUCUGUUGUACUUUUUAGAUGUGCAUGGUUUGACACAAAUGUGAAAAAGAAAAAGAUGAUCACAAAGUUUCAAAUCACAAGCAUUAAUGUCACUUCAUAUUGGUAUAAGAACGACCCUUUUGUCCUUGCCUCACAAGCUAAACAAGUGUUUUACGUGGAUGAUUACAAGAUGGGUCAACAUUGGAAAGUGGUUCGAAAGGUGCAUCACCGUCAUCUGUGGGAUUUUCUAGACCGAUUAGAUGAAGCUGAUGAUCAUGGUGAUUCAUUUGAAGUUUAUGAGUUGGAUGCUUAUGAAGAAAAUGAUUCAAUGGACAUUCAAAAUUUAUUUGAAUCAAUUGAUAUUGAACGUCUUAAUCAUAGUGAGGCAGAGAGUGGAGAUUUUGAAGAUGCAAAUAGUGGUGCAGAGAGUGAAGAUUAUGAAGAUGUAGAUAGUGGCAUAGAGAAUGAAGAUAAUGGGGAGUACAAUGAGGAAACCGACAAUGAUAAUGAAGAUGAGUUGUUAAGUAAUGGUGAAACCGGUGAGGAUACUGACUCAUUUGCAUAA